CAAUUGCUUAAAAAACCAUAUAACCUGAACAAAUAACUAUUAUUCUUAUUAUAAAAUGAAUAAAUUAACGUCUUAUAGUAUAAAAGAAAUUCACAAGUCGUUCCGUGAUAAACUUUUAACACCAACAAGUUUUAUUGAUUUGUCUAUUCAACGUGUAAAGCAGACGAGAGAUUUAAACGCUUUUAUUGUUUUAACGGAUGAAAUAGCCGAAAACCAUGCAAUUGAAAGUGAAAAACGGAUAUAUAUUGAAAAGAAAAGCUUACCCUUGGACGGCAUUGCAAUCGCUAUAAAAGAUAACUUUUGUACUAAAAAUAUACAUACAACCUGCGCUUCGAAUAUGUUAAAAAAAUUUGUACCCACAUACAAUGCAACAGUUUAUUCUCGACUCAUCAAUUCUGGCGCGUGUCUUAUUGGAAAAUCGAAUUUAGACGAAUUUGCAAUGGGUUCAGGUACCGUAGAUUCAAUUUUCGGUCCCACUCGCAAUCCAUGGUGUAACAGUGAAGAUUGGAGAAUAUCAGGCGGUAGUUCAGGAGGCAGUGCUGUAGCUGUGGCAACUGGUGCUUGUGUAGCUGGCAUAGGUUCUGACACAGGUGGAUCAACUAGAAAUCCUGCUGCUUUAUGUGGAGUUGUUGGUCUUAAACCUACUUAUGGCUUAGUUUCAAGAUAUGGACUUAUACCUUUAGUUAAUUCUAUGGAUGUGCCGGGUAUUUUAGCAAGGAGCAUUGACGAUUUGACCAUGAUAUUGAAUUGUGUAGCUGGACCUGAUAAAUUAGACUCGACAACCAUAAAGAAACCAUUUAAACCUGUUAAAAUUGAUGAUAAUAUUGAUAUGUCUAAAAUUAAAAUUGGUAUACCAAGUGAGUAUUAUUGUGAAGGUAUGAGUGAAGAUGUGUUAGACGUAUGGAGAUGCGUUACAGAUAUGUUAGAGAAAGAAAAAUGUCAAAUCAGUAGAGUUUCGUUACCCCAUACAUCAGUCUCAAUCGCUGUGUAUUCAAUAUUGAACCAGUGUGAAGUAGCGAGUAAUAUGGCAAGGUAUGAUGGAUUAGAAUAUGGAUUAAGGGCAGCCGAAGAUUAUUCCACAGAAGAGUUGUAUGCUUCAACACGGUCAGAAGGAUUUAAUAAUGUUGUUAGAUCCAGGAUAUUUGCUGGUAAUUACUUUUUAUUGACAAGAAAUUAUGAAAAAUAUUUUCUAAAAGCUUUAAAGUUGAGAAGAUUAAUAGCAGAUGAUUUCAAUCAAGUUUUCAAUGGAGAUAACUCAGUAGAGUUACUUUUGACACCAACAACAUUAUCGGAAGCUCCUUUAUAUAAAGAUUUUACCUCAACACAUAACAGAGAUCAAUGUGCCUUACAAGAUUAUUGCACACAACCUGCUAAUAUGGCUGGGAUACCAGCCAUUUCGAUACCAAUCAGAUUAUCAAAGAAUAAUAUGCCUUUAUCUAUACAGCUAAUGGGGCCAUCUUUAUGCGAGGAAAUAAUGUUAAAUGUAGCCAAGAAAAUUGAAAGUUUAGUUGACUUUCCAAAUUUAAAAAUGUAAUUUAUGAUUAUAAUGAGUAUUAUUAUAU